AAAAAUACGGCGGGGAAAAGAAGCACCGCAGACUGGCAGUGCGGGAGGACCAGCUCACUCAGUCUGUCGCAGCCGCAAGCGGGGAGUGAGAGCCAUCUUGUAUGGCGGACAGAAGGGGGGGUCCAGACAGACGAUCAGUCACUCGGUCGGUCAGCUGCUGCUGCUGCUGCUGCUGCUGCAGUAGGGCCAUCGUCAGUGCAGUUACUCAACUCACGGAGGUGUUUGGCUCCCUUCGCCCGAAGGAACGGCGUGGGUCAAGGCCAGGAGAAGACGCGGGGGCCGAUGGAGCCAUGGAGAUGGUUGGGCCAUUGAGAGAGAAGUGAAUAAUCUCAGGAAUGGAGGCGAUCCUCGGGGAAUUUAUAGCA